CUCCCCUAGGAAGAAGUAGAAAUAAGACCUGUUUGUGGUGCCGGCAAAUCUACAAGAGGACUAACCUGGGGCGUGGAGAAAAUUCUUAUGCUUCCCGAGUCCGUCAGCGUUGAUUAGUAACAUCAAAAGAAAUCCCCAAAAGACGAGCUAGCUUCUGUUCAAACCUUUCUUCAUUCAUACCCCAUUCCAAGUUUUUCGAAAAGAAACAAACUUCAAAAUUCUAACCACAUUGGGGCUAUAUUUAAUCAUUCUCGAUCAAAAUACGAUCAUUCGAUUUUCUAAUCUUCAACGAGGGGUUUUUGUUCAAACUCUUUACUUUUUUAUAAUUAAUUAAUGUUGUUUAGUUAUUUUGAUUAAAACUUAUUAUUAUGAAAUUGGGACUUUUGAGAUUUAUUUGAUUGCAUAGUAAUCUGAUAGUUUUUGUAUAUACAAACAGGUGGCUGGAGGAACUUUUAUUUGUAAGAUGAUACAAAUUUUGUUGUUAUUUUCUUUCUGACAGAAAAACAAACAGAUGUUGUUCAUAGGGGUGAUUUCCUUCACGUGAAAUCCAUAUGCAAUUCACACCCCCACAGCACACCACAUAUGAUCCUAGAUACAUUUACUUGUCACUUGGACAGAAACGGGUGUGCAUCUUUCUUGUUUCUUGUUGUUGUAAUCUUUGGAGUAGAGUAGAGAGAGAUAGAAUUUGGAGAUGUCUUCGUCUAGGCCAAGUCGGUCAUCUUCGAGCAAUUCAUCAAGCAAUUCGAAGGGUGAUGCUAGGAUCAUAGCACAGGCCACAAUAGAUGCUAAGCUCCAAUCUGAGUAUGAGGAAUCUGGAGGUACUUCUUUUGACUACUCUAGAUCAGUAACUCUAGCCUCUAAUCAAUAUAGACCUGAUCAAAACCAACAACCACCUAGGUCUGAUAAAGUUACUGCUGUAUACCUCCAGCAGCUCUUGAAAUUAAAAUUUAUUCAACCAUUCGGUUGUCUAUUAGCGAUAGAUGAAAAAACAUUCAAAGUCAUUGCUUACAGUGAAAAUGCACCUGAAAUGUUAACCAUGGAUAGUCAUGCUGUCCCAAGUGAUGACAGCCAUAUUCCUCUUCUUGGCAUUGGUACUGAUCUUAGAAUCAUUUUCACUACAUCAAGUGCUUCUGCUCUUUACAAGGCUUUGGGGUUUCCGGAUGUUUCGUUAUUGAAUCCGAUCUUAAUUCACUGCAAGACUUCUGGAAAGCCCUUGUAUGCGAUUCUGCACAGACUCACUGGUAGCUUGAUUAUUGAUUUCGAGCCGGUAAUGCCUUAUGAAGUUCCCAUGGCUGGUUCUGGUGCACUACAGUCGUAUAAGCUUGCCGCCAAAGCGAUUGCAAGGUUGCAGUCUCUGCCCAGUGGGAGUAUGGAAAGGCUGUGUGAUACGGUGGUUCAGGAAGUGUUUGAACUUACUGGUUAUGAUAGAGUGAUGAUGUAUAAGUUUCAUGAGGAUGAUCAUGGUGAGUUCGUUGCUGAGGUUACGAAACCUGGUCUCGAAUCUUAUCUGGGUUUGCAUUAUCCAGCCACGGACAUUCCUCAAGCUGCUCGAUUUUUGUUCGUAAAGAACAGAACCCGCAUGAUAUGUGAUAUUCGGGCUAAGCAUGCUAAGGUCAUCCAGGAUGAUAAAUUACCGUUCGAUAUCACCUUGUGUGGUUCGACACUUCGAGCUCCACAUAGUUGCCACUUGCAAUACAUGAAAAACAUGGAUUCAGGUGCGUCUCUGGUUAUGUCGGUUGUAAUCAAUGACGGUGAUGAGCAAAAACAAGAUGGUUCUGGGUCUGCACAACCACAGAGGCGGCAAAGGCUUUGGGGACUAGUCGUGUGUCAUCACACAACUCCAAGAUUUGUUCCUUUUCCUUUAAGAUAUGCCUGUGAGUUUUUAACUCAAGUAUUUGCCAUCCAUGUUAUCAAGGAGUUUGAAUUGGAAAAUCAGAUGGUCGAAAAGCACAUUUUACGUACCCAGACACUCUUGUGUGAUAUGUUGAUGAGAGAUGCACCUUUGGGUAUUAUAUCACAGAAUCCUAAUGUUCUGGACCUUGUAAAAUGUGAUGGUGCUGCACUAUUUUACAAAAAUAAAAUCUGGCGUCUUGGAAUGACACCAAAUGAUUUCCAGAUACAUGAUAUUGCCUCUUGGCUAUCCGAGUAUCACGCGGACUCCACAGGUUUGAGUACCGAUAGUUUAUACGAUGCGGGGUAUCCGGGGGCUCUCUCACUUGGUGACGCAGUUUGCGGGAUGGCUGCUGUGAGGAUAACCUCAAAAGAUAUGCUUUUCUGGUUCCGGUCUCACACUGCAGCAGAGAUUCGGUGGGCUGGGGCUAAGCACAUACCAGGCGAGAAGGAUGAUGAGAGAGUAAUGCACCCUAGAUCUUCAUUUAAGGCAUUCCUUGAAUUGGUUAAGACAAGAAGUGCACCUUGGAAGGAUUUUCAGAUGGAUGCAAUCCAUUCUUUGCAGCUUAUCCUCAGGAAUGCUUUCAGUGAGAUGGAUGCCAAGGAUGAACAUCCCAGUGUGUUAAUCCAUUCGAAGCUCAAUGAUCUUAAACUUGAAGGGGUGGAGGAAUUGGAGGCGGUGACAAAUGAGCUGGUCCGUUUGAUGGAGACAGCCACGGCGCCGAUAUUGGCUGUUGAUGUUGAUGGACUCAUUAACAGGUGGAAUACAAAAAUUGCAGAUUUGACUGGUCUCCCUGUUGAUCAAGUCAUUGGGCUGCAUUUGCUCACACUGGUGGAAGAUUCUUCGGUUAUUGCGGUCAAGAAGAUGUUGCACUUGGCUCUACAGGGUAAGGAAGAGCAAAAUGUUCAUUUUGAGAUGAAAACUCACGGUUCUCGCAAAGAUAACGGGCCUGUCAGCUUAGUUGUGAACGCUUGUGCAAGCAAAGAUAUUUGGGAGAAUGUUGUUGGGGUUUGUUUUGUGGCACAAGAUAUGACCAGUCAAAAGAAGGCCAUGGACAAGUUCACUCGGAUCGAAGGAGAUUAUAAAACAAUUGUGCAGAACCCAAGUGCACUUAUACCUCCUAUAUUUGGCACAGAUGAAUCUGGCUGGUGCUCUGAGUGGAAUCCAGCAAUGACCAAGUUGACUGGGUGGAGCCGGGAUGAAGUGAUUGGUAAGAUGCUACUAGGUGAGGUUUUCGGUAAUCAUAUCGGAUGCUGUCCUCUCAAGAACCAGGAGGCAUUUGUGAACUUCGGGGUCAUACUCAAUAAUGCAAUGAUGGGUGAAGAAGCCGAGAGAGUUCAGCUUGGGUUUAUAGCGCGUAAUGGGAAGCAUGUAGAUUGCUUGCUGUCCGUUACCAAGAAAAUGGACGCAGAGGGUACUCUAACUGGACUCUUUUGCUUCUUGCAGACUGCUAGUCAAGAGCUGCAACAAGCACUUCAUGUUCAACGUAUAUCCGAACAAACUGCAAUUAAAAGAGUGAAGGAGUUGACUUAUAUAAAGAAACAGAUAAAAAAUCCUCUCUCUGGGAUUAUCUUUUCCAGGAAAAUGAUAGAGGAAACUGAAUUGGAUGAUGAACAGAAGCAACUUUUGCACACAAGUAUGCAUUGUCAACGCCAACUGAAUAAAGUUCUUGAUGAAACUGAUUUUGAGAGCAUCAUGGAUGGUUGUUUGGAUUUGGAAAAGGUUGACUUCACUCUGCAAGAAGUGUUGCUUACUUCCAUAAGUCAACUUAUGAUUAAGAGCAGUGAAAAGGGUAUCCGCCUUACUCUUAGUACAUCGGAGGAGAUCAUGGCUGAAAGACUCUACGGAGACAGUGUGAGGCUUCAACAGGUCCUGGCUGAUUUCUUAUUGGUUUCUGUGAACUACACUCCAAAUGGCUGUCAGCUUGAGAUUGCUGUCAGGAUGACCAAAGAUAGACUGUUAGAAAGGGUUCAUCUUGCUCAUCUAGAGCUCAGAAUCACACAUUCGGGAGAUGGGGUACCUGAAGAGCUGCUGAGUGAGAUGUUUGAAAACUACACUACUGGUCAUGAGACAAAAACUCCACCCGUGGUUUCAGAAGAGGGGAUUAGCCUGGUGGUGAGCCGGAAGUUGCUGAGGCUCAUGGACGGUGAUGUGCGGUUUCUAAGAGAAGCGGGGAAGUCAUCUUUCAUUAUAUCACUUGAGAUUGUUGCCUCGACUCCCAACAAGAAGACCUAGGCCUCUUCCCCGAGCGCUAAUCAGUCAGUUUCACCCAUCUAUGUACCAUCUGUGUGUUAGUUUCCAGGAAUAGUGAUGCAGUGCAGGAUUAGGAGAUAGUGGUGUUGGUUAAGUGUCUUAUAGCCUGUUUGGAUACACAUUCAGAACUUACUUUUCGACUUUCAGAAGUUAGUUUCGGUAAAAAAAAUUAGAAUGACUUCUGGAAAUAAAAAAGUUAACUUUUUGUGAAGCAAAAUUAAUUUUAUUCUGGCAUCUGGUACCCAAACAGGCUUAACAUUUCUGCUUUUGUGCUAUCAAUAGUGUGUGAAUAAUAACUUGUGUGUCAUCUGCACGUGUUGUAUAUAAAAAAAGUUUGUCAAAAUAUAUACUCCCUCUGUUU